AUGUUACGAAAUUCUUCAGUAUUAUUAUUACUUUUUAUUUUUCUUCUUCUUAUUUUGUUUUAUCAAUUAAAAUAUACAAUCGAUCCAUCUGUUUCAAUAAAAGUUCCAGUGUCACAAAACAAUGAAAAAUUUAAAAUCAUAUCAAAUGAAUAUUCAUCUCUUUGGUAUCAAAAGCAUUGCUUGAAAACUAAAUUAGCACAAAAGCUCGUCGUAGAAGAUCUUGUUAAAUAUUUAAAUAAUGCACAUACAUCGAAAAAUCAAAUUUGUCGACAAUUUGCAACCAUAUUUUAUGCUAUAUUUCGUCUAGAAGAAAUGUAUGGUUUAUUAAAAUUAUCACCAGUAUAUCUAAAUAAAAUAAAUCAAUGGCUACACAAUGAUCAAAUACUUAUUGAACAAAUAAAAAAACAGCGUAUUAUUAAAAUAUACAAUCGCUAUACACACGAAGAAAUGUUAUACAAUUAUAUGCGUAGUCAACGACCACAAACAAAGAGUGAUAUAUCACCUAAUGAAUAUACAUCGAAACUAUUGGAAGAUAGCAGGAAAACGUGUGAUUUUUGUGGAAAAAAUUAUUUGAAUUCAACAGCUGAAGAUCGACUUGGACGUCUUGAGCAUCGUCUUUCAUAUACAGCUGCUAAUACAUUUAAAUAUGAUCGUUGGCAUACGCUUAUUGUGUCACGUAAUCAUGAUACAUUACAUUUAACAGAAGAUGAAAUUGGUGAUAUGUUUGAAUUAGCACAAGAAUGGUUUCAUAAAGCUUACUCAAUGGAACCAAUGUAUACAUGUCCUGAAAUGAUAUGGGAUGCAAUGCCUAAGAGUGGUGCUUCACAAAUGCAUACACAUCUUCAAGCUAGUUUAGGCUUUGAUAUUUAUUAUGGAAAUAUUGAACGAACAAGACAAGGUGCUCGUUUUUAUGCACAAAAUAAUAAUGGAAGAAAUUAUUUUAAAGAUUAUCUUUACAUUCAUCAAGUAUUAGGUUUAACAAUACAAAUUGGAAAUACAACUGUUAUUGUUCAUCUUACACCCAUAAAAGAUCUUGAAAUAAUGAUUAUGGAUGAAAAACUUAAUAGAAAUUUCUAUAAAGCACUACAUCUUGUUUUAAGAACAUUUGUUGAUGAUCUCAAUGAAUAUAGUUUUAGUUUUGGAAUGUAUUUACCUCCAAUGAAUGAAACAUCGUCGAAGGAUGGUCAUGAAAUGCCAGUUGUAUGUCGUCUUGUUUUUCGAAAUCCAGUGACUAAUUUACGAUCGGAUAUGAACGGGCUUGAUCUGUAUACGAGUUCAGUUAUUGGUAAAGAUCGUUAUGUACUCUAUCGACAAUUGAAAGACGGAAUAGAAAAACGUCUAAAAUAA